CUCUCCACGUGGUAGGGAGCUUGCAACGAGCAAGGCGCUAUGGAUAAGAAAAAAAUUCAAUCGAAGAAGCAACGGCCCAAUAAUGGUAGGAAAAGAAAAUUUGACCAUAAGUCAAAGUUCAAAAGAAUGGAAAAGACGUGGAAAUUAGAACUAGAAGAAAUGAAGCACUUGAAAGAAAAAUAUCCAGAGAUCAACCCAUCGGCUGUUGAGAAGUUAACAGACUUUCCAUUAUCAAGAAGAACCCUUGAAGGUCUAGCACAAACUGAGUAUCAAACUCCAACUGAAAUCCAAAGGGAAUCUAUAGGCUUAGCAUUACAAGGACAUGAUAUUUUGGGAGCAGCCAAAACGGGGUCAGGAAAGACAUUAGCAUUUCUCAUACCAGUACUAGAAUGUCUUUAUCAUCAACGCUGGAGUCAACUUGACGGUCUAGGUGCACUGAUUAUCACUCCAACCAGAGAGUUAGCGUAUCAGAUAUUUCAAGUCUUGCAGAAGAUUGGUUUCAAGCAUGACUUUUCUGCUGGUUUGGUCAUAGGGGGCAAGUUUAUAAGAGAUGAGACCAAGAGAAUUAAUAACACCAACAUAGUGAUCUGCACUCCGGGAAGGUUACUGCAACAUAUGGAUGAAACAUUUAACUUCAGUGCAGAUAAUCUUCAAAUACUGGUGCUAGAUGAAGCAGACAGGAUUUUGGAUCUUGGUUUUCAGGAUACCAUGAAUGCCAUCAUUUCUAAUCUCCCAGAAAACAGACAAACACUUUUGUUCUCUGCAACUCAAACCAAGUCAGUGAAGGACUUGGCUCGACUGAGUCUGAAGGAUCCUAUGUAUGUGUCAGUACAUGAGAAUGCAGCACACAGUACACCAACACAGCUAGCACAGAGUUACCUUGUUUGUGAACUUCACCAGAAAUUAGACUUGCUAUGGUCAUUUAUAAAGAAUCAUUUAAAAUCAAAGAUCAUGGUGUUCCUCUCCAGCUGCAAACAGGUAAAGUAUGUUUAUGAAGCCUUCAGAAAGCUGCGACCAGGUAAUAGUGUUAUAGCUCUCCAUGGAGGGAUGAACCAGUUGAAGAGAGUGGAUGCCUACAACAUGUUCUGUAGAAAACAGCAUGCAGUGUUACUGGCCACAGAUAUUGCUGCAAGAGGUCUUGAUUUCCCUGCAGUCCACUGGGUUGUCCAGUUAGACUGUCCAGAAGAUGCAAACACAUAUAUCCAUAGAGUGGGAAGAACUGCAAGAUAUGAAACUGGUGGUGAGGCAUUGUUGAUAUUGCUGCCAUCUGAGGAAGCUGCCAUGAUACAGCUGCUGGAGGAAAAGAAAAUACCUAUUCAAAAUAUCAAAGUUAAUCCCAAAAGAUGGCAGAGCAUCAAGGGCAAGCUUGAGUCUUGUUGUGCAGCAGAUGUUCACUUCAAAGAGAUGGCUCAAAGGGCAUUUGUAGCUUAUUUGAAGGCAGUGUUCCUCAUGAGUGACAAAAAAGUGUUUAAAGUUCAUGCCUUGGACACAGAACAGUUUGCAAGUUCAUUAGGUCUGGCCUUCCCACCAAGAGUACGGUUUCUGCAGAAGGACAAGAAAAGACUUGAAGCAAAACAAGUAGCAAAAGAUGCAUCAUUAAUGCAGAAUGUUGACAGUGAAUCAAAAUCCAACAGUAAUGAGAGUGAUUUUUCUGAAAGAAAUAAACUGUUACAAAUUGACCAAUUUGAGAACAGUCAAAACAAUGAAGACAGUGAUAGGGAGUCAGGAAGUGACAACGAAAGUGAUAAUGAAAGUGAUAAUGAAAGUGAUGAUGAUGGAAGUGAAACAUGCCCAAGCAACCAAAAAGAUAUUGAGAAAGAUAAUUCCCCAAAUCAAGUAACUAAAAGUGAAAAACAUUUAGAGAAAAAAAGGAACCCUACAGGAAGUACGGAGGCAGCAAAAGAAGUUCUUCAGUUCCAAGUGGAAGAUGAUGAUGAUGAUGGCGAUUCUCUUUUUCAAGUGAAGAAAAGAAUUGACCCUGUAAUUUCUGAUGAGGACGAGAAGGAAUGUGCGGUAACUUUGGAGAAAGCAAAGAAGGCUAAAGCAGUCACAAAAGCAGCAGUUGCAAGGAAGAUUCACAAGAAAAAUCUAAAAGUGAACACAAAAAUACUGUUUAAUGAGGAAGGAGAGGUUAUUCAAGAUCCCUUGCGUACACGUCAAACGGUUCUCCCUGAGGAAGAGGCAUGUGAUGGGGGUAUUAACAUUGAUGUUGCUAAGAAGGUCAUGCAACAAGAGGACAAGGUGGACAAGCAAAUGUUUAGGGAGAGAAUCAAGAAACAGCAUAAGGAAGAAAGGAUGAAGUCCAAAGCAGCAAGGAGGGCAGAAGAUGCAAGAAGAAAAGGUUUAGAGGUAGAAGAUGAAGAACCAGUUGCUCAUUUACCAAGUGGAGAUGAAGAUGCUGCCAUUGAUCUUCUACCUGACCCUGAUCUUAUUUAUGGCAGGAAAGACACUGGUACAAGCUCUGAGGAUGGGGAGAACAGUUCUGAAGAGGAUGAACCUAUCAAUAAGAGAGCAAGAGUUUCAGUAAGCAAUGAAGAUAGUGCAGGGAGUGAAUCAGAAGAUGGAGAUGAAGAGGAAGAUGAAAGUGAAGAUGAAAACGAUGGUCUUACAUUAGAGGAUAAUGAAGAACUGGCAUUAAAAUUACUGCAGAGCUGAUGACUCAUAUUCUUUUCAAAAGAGUUACAUGCAGAAAUGCCACGUUAAUAAAUUAUUUUCGUACAUUGUAAUUUUCUUCAUUCAAAUAUACAUAAUACACUCGCCUCAAAAGUUGGGAAACAUUGUUAAUUUGAAUAUUUAUAAAAUAACCAUAUGAGCGAAGGUAAAUAUUUUAACCAAAUAUUGA